AGUUGAAGAUUUAGCAGUCAUCAAUGAUGAAUAUAUGCCAAUGAGAAUUAACCCAAGUGGUGAAGUAAUACGAACUCCAGCAGGCGUAUACAAAGUGUCCUGUGAAAGUGUCGUCACAUAUUAUCCGUUCGACGAACAGACCUGCCAUAUUAAAAUAACAACUUCCGGCUACACUCAGGGUGAAAUUGAUCUUCGCUUCGAUGAGAACGCAGUAGAUCUCUCUGAUUACAUUCCAAACGGAGAAUGGGAAGUGGCUUCUGCUGGUGGAUUGUCAUCAGGGGAACAGUCUAAAUCAAGGAACGGGUUAAAAUACGCAAGUUUAUCUUUUGAACUAAAGUUGAAAAGACGAUAUUUGUUCCACACAAUUAACACCAUAUUUCCAGUCUUUCUUAUGGGCAUGCUCAUUCCUUUCGUGUUUAAGUUGAGUAUUAUGGAGGAGAAAAUUGGGUAUUCUUUGACGGUACUCUUGUCCUAUGCUGUGUAUCUAACAUUAAUUGCGGACCAUAUCCCUAGCACCUCUGUGACUGUGUGCUACCUAUCCGUAUACCUAGCAGUCAUUCUGACAACAUCAACGCUGUCCAUCCUUAUAGUUAUAGUGGAAAUUCAAGUCGCAACGACCAAAGGAAGCUUGUCGUCAUGUACAAAAGCUUUUGCAAACUUUCUUGCUAAUGUGUGUUGCUUUAAACGUAAAUGGUGUCGUAAUAAGACUGAUCGUGCCCCAGAAGUCAGAGCUGACGAGUUUUACAUAAACCGUCAUGGAAUUCUAUCUUCCAAAGAGUUUGUGUCAGAAAACACAGAAAAUGCAUCAGAUAUCAAUGAUAACUUGGUCAGGACACAGUUUAUGGACACUAAGGCACUAGAUGAUUACAUGUUUAUGGACACUAACUUUUGGGCAACCUCAUAA